CGGUACAAAUGUUAUAUCAAGAGACAUCAUUUUGUAAGAUAUUCCACUAUGAAAGAGCGACUGAAGAAUCGUCCAGUGCACAUUCCUGAAGACCAUUUUAAGCAAUUGAUUGUUUAUUGGAAAAAUACUACGAUCCAGAGCAUUAGUGAAAAAAAUACAAUCAGUAGGAGAAAGCAAAAGUACAUGCACCGAAUGGGACCAAUAAACUUUGCAAGAGUUCGAGCUGAAUUGAGUGCUGGGAAAAAGGAUGGAGAAGAAGUCAGUAGAGUUGAAAUGUUUAUAAAAACUUGCCAAGGUCGUCCUUGUAGGAAAGGAAAAGCAGUGGACAAAGAAACAUUGGAUACUAUUUCUAAGCUUGAAGGAUCUAUGCAAAACUCAUCAACUGAAAAUGUGGAAAAAACUUUUGAAUCAAUGUUUGGAAAAGAAAAGCCUGGUCGGGUUCGUUGUUAUGGAAGGACUGUGACCCCAUCAUUAUUUAAAAGAAAUCAAGAAAUUGCUGCAAUUAAAAAAGGAUAUGAUAUGAAAAUAGAUGGGAUGGCAAAAAGGAUUGAAGGUUUGGAAACAAUGAUGACACUCAUACUUAAGCAACAAAACCCUGAUUUGAAUGAGGAUGAUAUAGAACAUAUGAUGUCAUUAGCUUUUGGGAAAGAAAAUAGUGCCAUUGCUCCACGUUCAUCUGCUUCCACUCAUGUUCCUUGUUUUGACCAGGUUGAUCAAGAACCUCAAGAAAAUACCGCAGAGCAAAUGGAAGAAUGAUUGAUUGAAGAACCUCUAGAUUUUACAUAGCAAAUGUUAUAAUUCUUUUGUUAUCUUUUAACUCUUUUAGUUUUAAUACUUACAACACUUUUAGUUUUAGCAUACAUUGGACUACACAUAUGUUACUUUUAACUCUUAGUUUUGAUGCUUAUGAACUC